AUGAGGCCACAGUGUCUCCUGACCCCUCCUGUCUCAGCCUCCAGUAUUUAUGCUGCAGUAGUUUGUGUCGGGGGGCUAGGGCCAGUUGGUUCUAUCUGGAGUACUUCUCCUGUCUUAUCUAGUGUCCUGUGUGAAUUUUUAAGUAUGCUCUCUCUAAUUCUCUCCUUCUCUCUUUCUUUCUCUCUCCUGGAGGACCUGAGCCCUAGGACCAUACGUCAGGACUACUGGGCAUGAUGACUCCUUGCUGUCCCCAGUCCACCUGGCCUUGCUGCUGUUCCAGUUUCAACUGUUCUGCCUGCAGUUAUGGAACCCCUACCUGUCCCAGACCUGCUGUUUUCAACUCUUAAUGAUCGGCUAUGAAAAGCCAACUGACAUUUAUUCCUGAUUAUUAUUUGACCAUGCUUGUCAUUUAUGAACAUUUUGAACAUCUUGGCCAUGUUCUGUUAUAAUCUCAUUUACAUUUACAUUUAAGUCAUUUAGUAGACGCUCUUAUCCAGAGCGACUUACAAGUACAUACAUUCAUACUUUUUUUUGUACUGGCCCGGCACAGCCAGGACUGGCCACCCCUCAUAGCCUGGUUCCUCUCUAGGUUUCUUCCUAGGUUUUGGCAUUUCUAGGGAGUUUUUCCUAGCCACCGUGCUUCUACACCUGCAUUGCUUGCUGUUUAGGGUUUUAGGCUGGGUUUCUGUACAGCACUUCGAGAUAUUAGCUGAUGUACGAAGGGCUAUAUAAAAUAAACUUGAAACUUGAUUAAAAUAAUUUAAUGUCUCCGUAGGGAAGUGCUCUAUUCAGAAAUAAAUGUGUUUCUUCGUCUCCCAAACAUGCCACCUCCUUCUCAGCAUUACACUGGUCCAGUCAGGUGAGCUUCUCACUAACUAGCACCAUCCUCUGAACCGGUUACUGUCACACAAAAUUAUGAAAUAGAGUGUGUUUGGCAGACUGAUGGGCCACAUGGCAAUAUUGAUCCAGUAAUUUAUCAGCAGCCUGGUGAAGUUCAAAGAGGCCCAGGUUUGUGAUAAGCCAAACAUUUGCACUGGCAGUCAGCCGAGGUAGACUCUGAACUUGUCAAACUGUGAGCCUAAAAUAGUCCCUCAGUAGCAUGUCCCUUGGCUUUGGUGGGCUUGAUGAAAGCAAAGGACAGGGAUACAUGGGUGUAGUUCUAAGGUCACAAGUUCCCUCUUGUGCAACCGUUACUAAGAGUAUCAUUCCAGUUUAAGUUUUCUGUUGUGUAAUGUUUAAAAAAAGAUAUAUUGUACACUGCCAAUGAUGAAGUCUGUGUCCAGUAUGAAGGAAGUUAGCUUCUCGGCCUUUUGGCUAAGAUCAAGUGUAGUUUCUUUAACAGUUGCUGCAUUUGAUCGGAGAGGCGAUCAUAAGCCGGGGAGGCCCGGGUUAUUUUUGUUAAAUGUGUUAUUCUUGUUCUGUUUCACCAUUGUUUUCUUUUGUCCUAGGUUAGGUGGUGGUCUUGGUGGUGGACUACAGGUGCACUAGCACCUGUAGGGUGAGUUAAGGCCCUCUGGUCCUUUUUCUUUAUUAAUUCCAUUUUUGUUUUUCCAUUUGCUUGUCCUGUUUUGCAUCUCCCCUCCCCCUGUGUAUCCUAUAGUCUUCCCCUAGCUCCUCCCACUGUGUUCAGUUUUGUGUUGUCUGCUAGCUGGGGUGCCUUUCUGGCUUGCCGGCCUGCUAGCUUUAGCUUGGCUUGGCCUGCUAGCCUCCUGGCCCCUUAGGCGUGGCAGGUAUUGUUUGAUAGUCUUUCGUUAUACACUUUUGACCCCACCCAUCUUGUACCCUUAGUUUAUUCCCCAAAUUGCCCAUUGUUUCAGUUUCUUGUUGUUUUGUGUUGUCAACUGAGGGACCUUUUUGCUGGCCGGCCUGCUAGCUGGUUAGCCUGGCCUGCUGGUGAGGCUUGCUAGCUUUCUCGUCCCUUAAGUUUGGCAGGUAUUGUUGGUCAGUGUUUUUGUUGUCCCCUCAUUCCUCUUUACCCCAACCAUCUUGUUUCGCUAGUUUUACCCCCUAGUUUGUCCCUCCUUUUGGUUUGUGUGUUUUGUUUGUUUUUGUUGUGAGGCCUCUUGGCUAGCAGGCCUGCUAGCUGGUAGGCUUAGCCUGACCUGCUGGUGCCUCCUAGCCUUUAUUUGGUUUGUGGUGUACUUUUGUCUUUCCCCUUUGUGCCCUUCCCCUUUGUGGAGAGUUGAAAUUCCCCUCCUAGUGUCCCUUCCCAUUGUCGAUAAGAUUAGUUUGAUGCUGCGCUAGAUAGUUUGUUGUGUGUCCCAUGGUGCUGGUAGGCCCUGUUAGCAUAGCCUAGCUGAGCCUGCUACCUUCCUCGGUUGCCUACACUCCUCCCCCUUCCUCCCAACCCCCUCUCCUUUCCUCCCAACCCCCUCUCCCUUCCCACUCCCAUUUUCCACUUCCCCUCCCCCUUUUCACUGGUGUUUGUUUUUAAAGGGAGUGGGCCUCCAUCAUGUCAGCAGCACAGGCUGGCAUGAGGAGGCACCAUGAUGUGCGCCUCCUCUUAAAGGAGAAGGGAGGGAAAUUUAUGGAAUUAUCCCGAUCCGAUUUCUCCAGAAAAUUCCUCCAGAAAGAGCUCGUUUUCAAACCCGCGCAUGUGAACUGCAUCCUAGCCCUCUCCUAUGGGAAAGGCUUCAAUGAUAGUUUUACCUGUGCCAGCUUCCUGAGGGAGUUCUGGGGGAAAUUCCAGAACGCCCUGAACACCCAGGAGUCCCGUUAUUAUUCGGAUGUACAUCGAAACUGUAGACCCGGAGGACGUUGCAGUAUGGCUGGGCAGGUACUGCAAUGUGAGGGGGCCCCUGGUCCAGGUGAAGGAUCCCGAUGGGAUCUGGACAGGGGCCUGGAGGGUCACUGUCCAGCAGAGGGAGGAUCUCGGGGGCUAUGGUGGUUGAAAGCCAUCCUAUGUUCACUACCAGGACCAGCCCAAGCUGUGCCGUAAGUGUGAUGAACAUGGCCACCUAGCAGAAGCCUGCAACAAGGUGGUCUGCAUGAAAUGCCGGGAGGUGUGCCAACGCUACGAGGAAUGCACGAACGGAAGGUUGUGCAACCUCUGUGGCGAGCGGUCCCACCCACCUGUGGAAGGUGCGGUGGUGGAAGAAGUGGGAGGAGAGGAAAAAACCCUCCCCACCCCAGUCCCCCUGACCCAGACUGCUGUGACCCCUGGAGGAGAAAGGGCCGAGAAAGACGGCUCUGGAGAGUUUUUGAGCGAGAGCUCCCUAAGUGGGUCAAACAGCAUGGGGACGGUGUCAGGAGAUACAGGAGACGUGGGGGAGAUUCUGGAGGAACACUUUCCCCCACGAAAAAGAAAUUCUGAGGAGCUCUCCGACCCCGAACAGGGUGAGGAAAAAAAGGGCAAGUUGGAAUGGGAGAGCUCCCAUGGGGAGGAACAAUCUAGAACCUUCCCCCCCAACCAAAUCUCCUUUUUAAGUCCUGUUUUAACCUCCUCUCCCUGCCACCCCCUUUACCCCGGAGGGAGAGAGAGAAAGUACCCGGAAAGUAACCCCUUUUAACUAUUCAAAAUGCCUUCUUUUCUAUCAGCACUGUUUUUACUCACCCCUUUUAUGGCUAUUAACAUCACAACUAUUAAUGUAAGGAGUGUAAAAACAGAGACACAGGCACAGUCGGUUUUACCCUUUUUAGAAAGGUUUCAUUUAGAUGUGUUUUUAUUACAGGAGUGUGGUCUACCCUUUUUGUCCUCUUACAUUAAAUGGGAGGAUAAGUGGCAGCACGGGCCCUCCAUUUGGAGUGGUUCCAUUUUUACAAAAAUGACGGUGUUGCCAUUUUAAUCAAGACCCCACAGGUGGUGGUGAGGGUGAGCAUGGUGAUGGUUGGUGGGUGUGCUCUUUUAGCCAAUUGCACUUUUAUGAGGAGGGAUUUUAAUGUGCUAAAUGUGUAUGGUUUUAACGAUAAACAUGACCGGUGCACAGUUUUAGAAGACCUGCAGUCCCACAUGGUAAGGAGGGAUCUAGUUGUGGGUGGGGAUUUGAACUGUGUUUUAAGUAGAGCAGAUAGAAGAGGGGCGGGAGAGGAUUUUAAGGUAGAUAGGUCAAGUGUUUUAUUGCAAGGGUUGUGCAAGGAUUUUAAACUGACUGACUGUUUUAAAACUCUGCAUCCAAGAGAGGAGGACUUCACCUGGACCAGUGGUGACGGCACCAGAGUCUCUCGCAUCGACUAUCUGUUUACCCGUGACUGUCCCCCAACUGAUGCUAGAAUAACCCCUGCUUUCUUCUCAGAUCACGUAAUGCUGACGUGCACCUUUUCACUAACUUCGGGUGUGACUGUGGGAAGAGGGCCCUGGAAACUGAACUGCUACCUUUUAGAAGUUAAUAGAGUAGGGCCUCCCGGGUGGCGCAGUGGUCUAGGGCACUGCAUCGCAGUGCUAGCUGCGCCACCAGAGUCUCUGGGUUCGCGCCCAGGCUCUGUCGCAGCCGGCCGCGACCGGGAGGUCCGUGGGGCGACGCACAAUUGGCUUAGCGUCGUUAGGGAGGGUUUGGCCGGUAGGGAUAUCCUUGUCUCAUCGCGCUCCAGCGACUCCUGUGGCGGGCCGGGCGCAGUGCGCGCUAACCGAGGGGGGCGGGUGCACUGUGUUUCCUCCGACACAUUGGUGCGCCUGGCUUCCGGGUUGGAGGCGCGCUGUGUUAAGAAGCAGUGCGGCUUGGUUGGGUUGUGCUUCGGAGGACGCAUGGCUUUCGACCUUCGUCUCUCCCGAGCCCGUACGGGAGUUGUAGCGAUGAGACAAGAUAGUAAUUACUAGCGAUUGAAUACCACGAAAAUUGGGGAGAAAAAAUAAUAAAAAUAAAAUAAAAUAAAAAAUAAAUAAAAAAGAAGAUGAUAGAGUAGUUAGUCAGUACAGGGAGCAGUUCAGCCAGUGGCAGACGCUACAGGACUUCUUUGACACACGAGCACAGUGAUGGGAAAUGGUGAAGGGUAGGACGAGGAUCUUCUUUAGAGAGAUCGGAAAGAAGAAAAGUAAAGAAAAAGAUAUAACCAUGGUGGGACUGCAGAGGCGACUGGAAAGGUAUUUUAAUCUAGGUCAACAGGGCUUUGAUUUUAACCAUGAAAUUAAAGUAAAAAAGGAAAUGGCAUUUUAGCAGAACAGAAAAGUAAGGGGGUUAUUUUAAGAAGUAAGGACAGGGAAUUAGAAGAAGGGGAGAAGUGCACAAGGUACUUGUAACGAUUGUUCUCCUCCUCGUCAGAGGAGGAGCAUGGAUCGGACCAAAACGCAGCGAGGUAUGAAGACAUAAUGAUUUUAAUAAUAAUAACGAAGACGAAAAUACACUUGAACAAACUACAAAACAAUAAACGACGUCAACAGACCUGGACAUGAGAACUUACAUAACACGAAGAACGCACGAACAGGAACAGACUAAACAGUCCCGUGUGGUACAUACACAGACACGGAAGACAAUCACCCACAAACAAACGGUGUGAACAGCCUACCUUAAUAUGGUUCUCAAUCAGAGGAAACGUAAAACACCUGCCCCUGAUUGAGAACCAUAUCAGGCAAAUACAAUUAACCCAACAUAGAAACACAUAACAUAGAAUGCCCACCCAGCUCACGUCCUGACCACUUAAACACAUACUAAACAAAGGAAAUAAGGUCAGGAACGUGACAGUACCCCCCCCCCUCAAGAUGCGGACUCCGGCCGCAAAACCUGAACCUAUAGGGGAGGGUUUGGGUGGGCAUCUGCCCACGGUGGCGGCUCUGGCUCUGGACGUUGUCCCCACCCCACCAUAGUCAAUCUCCGCUUCCGUAGCCUCCUCCCAAUGGCCACCCUCCAAAUUAACCCACCUGGAUUAAGGAACAGCACCGGACUAAGGGGCAGCACCGGACUGAGGGGCAGCACCGGACUGAGGGGCAGCACCGGACUGAGGGGCAGCUCCGGACUGAGGGGCAGCUCCGGGCUGGCUGACGGCACUGGCUGGUCAUGGCUGGCGGGCGGCUCAGGCUGCUCCUGUCUGGCGGGCGGCUCUCGCGGCUCCUGACUGACGGACGUCUCUGAAGGCUCGGGACAGACGGGCGGCUCUGAAGGCUCGGGACAGACGGGCGGCUCUGACGGCUCGGGACAGACGGGCGGCUCUGACGGCUCGGGACAGACGGGCAGCUCUGACGGCUCGGGACAGACGGGCGGCUCUGACGGCUCGGGACAGACGGGCGGCUCUGACGGCUCGGGACAGACGGGCGGCUCUGACGGUGCUGGGCAGACGGAUAGCGCAGGCGGCUCUGGGCAGACGGGCAGUGCAGGCGGCACUGGGCAGACGGCAGACUCUGGCCGGCUGAGGCGCACAGUAGGCCUGGUGCGUGGUCCCGGAACUGGAGGUACCGGGCUAAGGACACGCACCGUAAGGCUAGUGCUGCUUGAUCCUUGGUUGGUGGGUGAUUCUGUAACGAUUGUUCUCCUCCUCGUCUGAGGAGGAGCAUGGAUCGGACCAAAACGCAGCGAGGUAUGAAGACAUAAUGAUUUUAAUAAUAAUAACGAAGACGAAAAUACACUUGAACAAACUACAAAACAUAAACGACGUCAACAGACCUGGACAUGAGAACUUACAUAACACGAAGAACGCACGAACAGGAACAGACUAAACAAACGAAACAGUCCCGUGUGGUACAUACACACACACGGAAGCCAUUCACCCACAAGCAAACGGUGUGAACAGCCUACCUUAAUAUGGUUCUCAAUCAGAGGAAACGUAAAACACCUGCCCCUGAUUGAGAACCAUAUCAGGCAAAUACAAUUAACCCAACAUAGAAACACAUAACAUAGAAUGCCCACCCAGCUCACGUCCUGACCACUUAAACACAUACUAAACAAAGGAAAUAAGGUCAGGAACGUGACAGUACUUUUUUAAAGAAAAUAGUAAGGGUAGGACAAUGACCGGUUUAAAAAACAUAGAUAUUGUUUUAAAAACAUAUACAGAAGGAAUAAAAUAAGUUGUCGAUGAUUUUUAUGGGGAACUGUUAGGAGUAAAAGAUGUGUGUGAAGAAACCAUGGGGGACGUUUUAACAUAUAUUGACAGGACCUUACCCAACACAGACGGCCUAACAAAAGACCUGACGAUGACAGAAAUUGACAAAGGACUGAGACAUUUUAAGAGGUGUAAGUCACUGGGAGAAAACUCCCUUGGAAGUUUUACCUGACUUUCUGGGAUGUUUUAGCCGACGAACUUCUGACUGUUUUUAUGUACUUUAAAAAACAUGUCAGACUAACGGACAGGUUUAGAGUAGGUAUCGUGACACUUUUAUAUAAGAAAAACGACAAGACGGACCUUAGAAACAGGAGACCGAUUACCCUUUUAUUUUUUGAUUGUAAACUUUUUACUAAGGUUUUAACACUCAGAAUGUCUUCUGUUUUAGGGGAAGUGAUCCACCCGGACCAAACCUGUGCCAUUCCCGGAAGGAAGAUCACAGACAGGCUGGCACUGAUGAGAGAUGCCAUCUGUUAUGCGAGAGACAGAAACAUGUGGCUUGUAGUCCUAAAUUUAGAUUUCGAAAAAGCUUUUGAUCGAGUCUCGCACCAGUACCUCUUCAAGGUACUGCAAAAAUGGGCUUCCCGUACAGGUUCUUAGCUUGGGUGAGACUGCUGUAUGGGGAUAUCACCAGCAAAAUUCUUGUAAAUGGGCAUUUGUCAAAAGCAGUGGGAGUACACUGUGGCGUUCAUCGGGGCUGUCCAUUAUCUCCUCUUCUGUUUAUGGCCUGCAUCAAACCACUGGUACAGGUCUUGCAAAGGGACCAACGGAUCAGUGGGGAGCGGGAACGUGUGUCCAGUGCGCAGGCUUGCUAUAGGUGAGCCCACAAUGGUUUGGCGCAACGUGGCCCAUCCUGCUCUGCUGAAUCGGCACUGGGACCUGUCCUAGAUGGCCGCCCACGAGAUCCUCCCGGUCAGGGCCGUUAUGCACUCCCGGGGCAUGGCGAAGACAUCCGCGUGCCCCCGACCAGGCUGAUGCCAAGAUGAAUCGGUGAGGCACUUGAUCUGGGAGUGCAGAGCCACCAGGGACCUGUGGAAGGAGGCAAGCCACCUGAUCUCUCCGUGUCUGCCAGCAGGGGAGGACCUAACGCCCCAGCUCGUGCUGUACGGGGUGGGCCGAAGGCCUAUUCCACCAAAGGCCUUCACUAAGCUCUGGCCCACCCUCACAUGUCUGAAGGAUGCACUGUGGUCCUCCCACAACCUGCUGGUAGCAGAACGAGUAGAGACCAUCCCCCAGGCAUUGGACAUGGUAGCCACGGCAGCCCUGGAGUGGUACGGAAGAAGGGGGGCCUCGACCCCAGGUAAAACGUCCCCCACUACACUCAAGGUCCCGGCGGCCACGGCUUGAAAGCGCUGCGGCGCCUAGGGGAGGGAUCUCCUCUGGGCCCCGAAGGACAGGACGGUUAUUGAUUCGGAAGAGCAGGGGGAGGAGUCACCCCAUUCCUGUACAAAGGACCGAAGACAGCUUUUUAACAAAGUGACUUUUUAACAUGUUUUCAUGUCUUAAAAAUGUUUUACUUUGUUAAAUCAUCUGUACACAUUUUAAAUGGCUUUUACAGAUUGGAUGUUUACAAGAAAACGUAUGUUUAUUCAUAGUUGUUUCUACUGUUUUUAAAUAAGCAACAUGUACUUUUUAACUAAUUUAAAUGUAAUAUUUAAAUGCUGUUUUUAUGCUUUUAUGCUGUUUUUAUGUGUAUAAAUGUACAAAUAUAAAUGAGCUGUUUUUAAAGGAAAUGUAAUAACAAAACUUUUCCAAAAUAAAAAAAAUGAAGUAAGUUAGAUGUAUUCGGCAGAGCCAAUGCUAAGUAGCGUUAGCGCAAUGACUGGAAGUCUAUGGGUAUCUACUAGCAUGCUAGCAGAUAUACUCAUAGACCUCCAGUCAUUGCGUAGAUACCCAUAGACUUCCAGUUAUUGCGCUAACACUAGUUAGCAUUGGCUCGUGAAACUACCUCUAACUUCCUUCAUACUGGACACAGAGACAAAAAAAAAUGGUAUCCACGAGUUCAUCUGACUCUAGGGAAGUAGUUAAGGGGCCUCAUUGUCAAAAUCCUAAAGUAACCCAUUAAAUAAAUGCAUGUGACAUGAGAAACUUAAGGUGUCUCUGUUAAUAGUAUAUAUAUACACUACCGUUCAAAGGUUUGGGGUCACUUAGAAAUGUCAUUGUUUUUGAAAGAAAAGCAAAUGUUUUGUCCAUUAAAAUAAUAUCAAAUUAAUCAGAAAUACAGUGUAGACAUUGAUAAUGUUGUAAAUGACUAUUGUAGCUGGAAACGGCAGAUUUUUGAUGGAAUAUCUACAUAAGCGUACAGAGGCCCAUUAUCAGCAACCAUCACUCCUAUGUUCCAAUGGCAUGUUGUGUUAGCUAAUCCAAGUUUAUAAUUUUAAAAGGCUAAUUGAUCAUUAGAAAAACAGUUUUUAAUUAUGUUAGCAGAGCUGAAAACUGUUGUGCUGAUUUACAGAAACAAUAAAACUGCCCUUUAGACUA